CUUUAUGCUAUCAAUUGUUUAUGUAAUAUUAGUUAUAAAACUUAACACUAAAGGGUAUUAUAGUAAGCGUCUUUAGUUAGUUAGAUAUACUAAGGGGCAUGGAAGCUGUCAAGUUUCAUAAUUUGUAUUGAGGCGUGGAUCUUUUCCAUCAAAAUAGUCUAUUUUAAGUACUAGAUCAACUUGACAUAAAGGUAAACAAACCUACAAUAGUUAAUUCUGAACAAUUUAUAGCAGGAAGAACAUAAGAUAUGGCAUUACCAGAAGGGUACACAUUCAGAAAGUUACAAUUAUCAGAUUAUGAAACUUAUGUAGAGAAUUUAAAAGUUUUAACUACAGUAGGUGAAGUUUCAUUAGAGAGUUUUACUGAAUUGUUGAAUCAUUGGCAAUCAUUACCUGAAUUAUAUCACCCAUAUGUUAUUAGUAAUGUUGAAGGGUCUGUAGUUGCCACUGGAAUGCUUUUAAUAGAACGUAAAUUAAUUCAUGAAUGUGGAUUAGUUGGUCAUAUUGAAGAUAUAUCAGUUUCUAAAGUUGAACAAGGUAAAAAAUUAGGAUAUCAUAUGAUUAGUUCAUUAACUUCAAUAGCUCAAGAACUUGGAACUUAUAAGGUAAUCUUGGAUUGUUCACCUGAGAAUGUAGGAUUCUAUGAGAAAUGUGGUUUUAAGAAUUCGGGAAUAGAGAUGGUGAGGAGGUUUUAAUCUACA